AUGGAAAGCUCGAUCUUGGUUCGUUUACUUCAAGUCCAAGCCCCGAAGGUUUGGAUCGCCACCGUCCUCCUCCUGCUUUGGCAGUCGAACCUGGUAUUCACGGAGGGAGGGAACAUCGAUUUCAUCGAGAUUUUCAGUGGACAGGCUAAGGUGACACAAUAUUGGUCUGAGCAGGGUUACAGGUGCUGCAAGGUCGACUUAGAUUACGAUGAAUGUAUGGACUUCAAUGCUUGCGGCGGCUUUCUGCUUUGUGCCCACUUGAUCUUGAAUCAAGUGCCUGACAGGUGCAACCUUCUAGCACCCGUUUGUGGUAGUUGGAGCGCAGUGAGCAGAGGAAGCACAUUGCGGUCCUAUAUCAACCCAAUGGGCCGGCACUGCCCAAGUGUAGAUUCUGGAAACCGAAUGGUAUCAAGGUGUGUGCUACUCAUUUUGCUCAUGAUGAGCAAAAACUUAAGGUGGUUGCUUGAGCAACCGCACCAGAGCUUGCUCCCGCGACACAAGAGAAUGGAAUGGUUAUUGAACCGGGUAGUGUUUGUACACAUCGUCUACUUCUGGAUGAUGCACUACAACAAAAAAAGCCCCAAGCGUUCCAUGAUGCUUAGCAAUAUGUCCUCCAUUUCUAUGCUGGACUUGGGGGUACUGACCAAAAAACAACGUGACAUUCCAGAUCGACUUGAAACAACGUGCAAAUAUUUGGAUAAGGAUGGCAUCUUAAGAUAUCAGGGAAACAAGCAAUUGAAGUCGACCCAGUUCUACAGCCGUGAAUUUGGCAAAAAGCUCCUCGAAGUGUACCAGGCCGCACAAGCUGAUAGCUCCAGAUUGGACCUGCGCACCCGGCCAGAGAUAGAUUCUCGGAAGACGGACCGCGAGCUAUUCGAGAACUUGCCGUUGGGAGAUAUUUGGUACGAGUCUGAUUGCCACAAAGCCUUUGAAUACUUGUACAACUCCAAAUAUUUGAGGAUCCCUACAUCUUGGGCUCCCACUAUCCAAUCUUUCCGAACUGACCUCUUGGAAGAGGUGAAGCGGAUUGAAUCAAACCCUGAUGGCCGAGAUUGCAUCUAG